AUGGUCGAGUUGUCCCCACCUUACUUUGCAGCCAACUCCUCGAAGGUCUUGCGAGUACAACUUCGUGUGGAGCCACCACUGCGAUCGCCGUCAAGGCGGAAGCUGCCCCCAACACUACCCACCAUAUCUCGACCGUCUCGACCUCGACGAGGGACCAGCAAGAUCUCGAAAACGUAUUUCGUGGGCAUCUUUGCACCGCCUCGUUCCAAGAGCAAGACCUCGUCAAAAGAAGCUUCGCAGGAGCUGACGAAAGCUGAGCAACGGAUUUGCUUCCGGGAGGGCCGUGCCAAUCGCUUCCUCUUCGACCGAGCCUUCCCUGCCUUGACCAACGAGGCCAUCCUGCCCGGCUGGCAAAGGGAAAAAGAGGAGGGGGAGGGCCCAACUUUGGUGAAGCCCACGCUCUCUUCGCUCCGACGAAAGCGCACCAUGGAUCUCGACCGUCUCGACCGUGACAGCGAGAGCAGCCCCAAAAGCCUUGCGCCCUGGAAGCCGGCAGACAACUCCCGCAAGAUUGACCAUCCCGGGAAUGUGGCGUUGUCUAAGGUCAGGGCACAUAGCGCUGGAGAGACGAAGCCGCAUCGUAUAAAGCGACGAAAGACGCUGACGGCAAAGCAACUGGAAACAUUCGAGACGCGUGCUGCCGGUCGGGAACGUGCUGAGAGGCUGCUGGAACGCAUUCGCAAUCGGAACACUGCUCAGCUCUCGCGAGUUACCGUCCAGGAAAGGAUCCGAGCAGAAGCUCGGCGAGCCGGUCGAGCCGGUCGAGCCGCUGGCCGAGCCCAGGAAAGCUCCGAAGCCCCGAGCAGCCCGGGCAGCCCUGGGAGCCCUGGAAGCCCUGGGAGCCCUGGGAGUCCACGGAGUCUCGACAUGACGACUCAUGACGCCAGGCUAGAGACCGGGCCGUUUCACUGUAGGGUAGAGGCGCAGGCCCCGGAAGCAUGUCAGAGUGGCAAAGCCAAAGCCAUGCGAGCAUUAUUCUAG